AUGGCGCCGACCCGUGCAGGCGCUGCUCUCCCCUCCGCCGCCCUCCUCCUCCUUGUGCCUCUGGCGGUGUCGAGCGCAGGGUUGAGCGGCUACUUCGGCACCAAGUCCCGCUACGAGGAGGUGAACCCGCACCUGGUGCGGGACCCGCUAUCGCUGGGUGCCGCCGCGGGCGGGUCGCGGCUACCCGCCUCCUGCGCGCCGCUGCAGCUCCGCGCCUUGCUCCGCCACGGCACCCGCUACCCCACGGCCGGGCAGAUCCGCCGCCUGGGUGAGCUGCACGCCCGCCUCCUCCGCCGCCCCGCAGCAGCAGCAGCAGCAGCCUGCCCCGCCGCCGCCGACCUGGCCGCUUGGCAGAUGUGGUACGAGGAGAGCCUCGACGGGCGGCUGGCGCCGCAGGGCCGGCGCGACAUGGAGCACCUGGCCCGCCGCUUGGCCGCCCGCUUCCCCGCCCUUUUCGCCGCCCGCCGCCGCCUGGUGCUGGCCAGCAGCUCCAAGCAUCGCUGCCUGCAGAGCGGCGCCGCGUUUCGCCGCGGGCUCGGGCCUUCCCUCAGCCUCGGCAGCGACGAGGUGGAGGUUGAAGUUAACGAUUCCUUGAUGCGGUUUUUUGAUCGCUGCGCCAAGUUUGUAGCCUUGGUGGAAGAGAACGACGCGGCGAUGUGCCAGGUGAAUGCCUUCAAAGAGGGGCCGGAGAUGAGGAAGGUCUUGGAGAAGGUCGCGAGUGCCUUGUGUUUGCCGGUGGAGGAGCUAAAUGCAGAUCUUGUUCAAGUGGCUUUUCUCACCUGCUCGUAUGAGCUGGCUAUAAAAAAUGUGACCUCCCCGUGGUGUUCACUCUUCAGUGAAGAAGAUGCCAAGGUCCUGGAAUACCUGAACGACCUGAAGCAAUACUGGAAGAGAGGAUAUGGCUAUGACAUCAAUAGUCGCUCCAGCUGCAUUUUAUUCCAAGAUAUCUUCCAGCAUUUGGACAAAGCGGUGGAAGAGAGCAAAAGUUCAAAACCCAUUUCUUCACCUUUGAUUGUACAAGUUGGACAUGCAGAGACACUUCAGCCACUGCUUGCCCUCAUGGGUUUCUUCAAAGAUGAUGAGCCCCUCAGGGCAAACAAUUACGCCAGACAAACGCAUCGGAAAUUUCGCAGUGGCCGGAUUGUGCCUUAUGCAGCCAACCUGGUAUUUGUGCUUUACCACUGUGAUCAAGUGAAAACCUCUAAAGAAGAGUAUCAAGUGCAGAUGCUGUUGAAUGAAAAACUGAUGUCGUUUCAUCACUCGAAUGAAACCAUCUCUACUUACGCGAACCUCAAGGACUAUUACAAGGACAUCCUGGAAAACUGUCACUUCAAACAGGAGUGUGAAUUACCAAAAGUUAAUAUUACUGCUAUUGACGAACUUUGAGGGAAUGAAACGGAGUGAGUGUUCUGCAAAUUGAUCUUGGUUCUGUUUGACAGAUGUUGUGAACAAGCACUUUUGAUUAUUUGCUGCUGCUGUGUUGACUUUCUAAACUUGCGGAUUUGAUGGGUUGUCUCAGUUAGCUCAGUGCACUGUUCAUUUAUUACAUAAGCAGAAUUACAAAAACAAAUGCUGUAACAAGGAUGUUGCUGAGCAUUUGUAACAAAUACGUGAUGCAAGAUGAAGCGUACCUGUAUGUUUUUAUGUACGAAUAAGUAAUUUCAUUGGUCAUUCCACUUAUAAUGUGGAUGUGUGCUGUAGAUGGAUUUAAGAGCUGGAGCAACUUCUGUUUUAUCAGAGCUGAAGGUGGUUGGACUGAUUCAGUAUUGCUUUGCGCUGCCUGUUUUGCUAGCUACUGUUUUCCUGUGGCAGGCAGGAAAUAAUUCAAACCUGCAAGCUUUUUUGCUCCUUUUCCUGAGCUUCUAGGAGGGAGAGCCUACAUAGUCCUUUUCCACAGCCGCCCAACUUCUGCCUGGACAGCACCAGGGGAACAUCUCUUUCUUGGUCAUUUAAAGCAGGAGGAGUUGCAGUGUUUGCCUGAAAAGGGUCCAGGACCUAAAAGUCUUAAAGUUAUCAUUGACCCAUCCCGCAUAGCAAGUUAGCCUCCAGGAUAAGUAAAUUAUCUUUACAAAGAAGAAAUAAAUAAAUAAAAAAGGAAAAAAUGAGGGAGUGGGAUGUAGCCGCUCUUCCUUUAAGGUGCUCUGGGAGAUGCAGCAGUUGUUCUCUAAGUGAUCUGGUGUGUCCUUUCACUUGACACCAUCAAUUUCUUGUGUUAAAGCUUUGGGCUAGGGCAUUCAGGUUAGGCUCUGCUACGGCUGUGAACGUCUUAGUCCUGUCCAGGUGCUGACAGUUUUCCUAGCAGCUCUGGUUGGAAGGGACGUCUGGAGGUCUCCAGUCCAGCCUCCUACUUGAAAUGGGAUUGUUGCUAACCUGAAAUCCAGGCAGGUUUUGGACUGUAAAAAGCAUCUGGCUGAGACUUGACUUCUGCUGGCUUGAAGGCACCAAACGUGGUGUCACUUACGUAGGCCCUAUACAUUUGAUGUGCCACCUUGUUCUUGAAGUGAAGCUGGUUUUAAAGAAAUUAAUUCCAUACAAGUACUGGCGAUCUUUUAAAGCAAUUGCACUUAAAGUAGGUUCACUUGCUACUGAAAGUUGGAAAGAAUUUGAGAGCUCUGCAGUGUGGCAGAAAAAGGAAAAAUGAAGAUAACUGUCCAGAAGUGUCUGAAAUACAGUAAGUCAGAUAAAAAUUCCUUCAUCGCCCAGAAGGGAAUGGCUGUGUGAACAAGUUGCCCCAAAGCAAAUGAGGGUGUGGAUUUAUGGUGCUGGUAGCUCUUGAAAUGUAUACUCACACCCUGUGAUGACUGUUCCAGAGCUCACCCCAUAAAGUGAGGCGUAGUUUGCUGUGUUUACUGGGGAGGGGGUGAAAGGUUGGUAUAACCCAUUACCACAGGGUGUCAGGUGCACUGUAAACAUUUGUACCCUCAUUUGCUACAGGGCAACUUCUUUUUGUAGGCUCACCGUCAGAACUGGGAACUAAACUGCUGCAAAAACAACAGCAGGAAAGAGAAAGCCAAACUGGCUCAAAGUUGAGGAGUUAAACUUAGUGUAUAAUAUUUUUAUUUUUCUUGAGGACUUAGGCUUCUGUCACUUUUUUUUUAAUAUGGCUUGUAUAAAAGCACUUAAGGCUUACAUAUCUGGAAGUUAAGGAGCAAUUGAAAACCUGUUUUUCACUGUUGUACUCCGAGUUAAGGGCUUUUCCCUGUGUUGGGAUGUAGGGCCCCGUUUCAUUUGUGCACCGAUUUCUGUGGAGACCAAGGUUCUGAUAGCUGAAGAUACUGAUUAAAACUGGUGGAUAUUUCAGCAUUAACAUCCCGGUGAAAUACUUGCCUGUGUUAGCUCUGCAGCGAUUUUUCUGAAACUGGUGAAACGGUUAGGGAGGAGUAUCGAUGCUGAAACAAAGGUAGGAAUAUAGGUCAGGAUAAUUGUCAGCCCCAGCAUAUGACUUUUACUGCUAUAUCAGCUUUGCAUGUCUCCUUUUUGUACAUGAUCUUACCUUGAGACUAAGUCAACUGAUCAUAAUUACUGUGACAGAUGCCUGUUAGGAACUUUAUUGCAACAUUUGAGCCAAGCUACAAAGAAAUGAACCUUUGUUUAAAGGCAGUUAAGUUUGGUAAAUAACAGACCCAAGAGUGAGAAAAUCCACCUUUGAACAAGUAUUUUUUCUGUGAGUCAGUAAUCCUGUGAUGAUUCAUGAUUUGAACAGAAGGGAUGAAAGCCUGACUAUUGGAGAUGAAUGGAGGAUUUCUGUUUGUCAGUUCAGUGAGACUUAUUUUAAGACAUCAUAUUUGUUAAAAGGUACAUCCUUCUUCCUCGUGGAGGAGAAAUACGUUGCGCUUGACUGCUUUUUGAUCAUGUGCCAGAUGAGGUGGAAGAACCAAAAAAUUCCUUCUACAGUUGAAGCAUCACUUGCUUCUGCAUUACCAAGUUGAUUAUAUGCUUAAAUUCUGUGCAAAGGGCUUCAAGGAUGACUCUUCAGAGGCUGUUUCGUAUUUUGCCUUGGAGUACAGGUCCAUCAUACCUCCAGCAUAACAGAUAUAUCUUCAGUGGCUGUCAGCAAUUAGCUGAAAAGGAAAAUGUGCUGUUUGCUUUCUGUAUUUAAAGGAUGCGCUGGCUCACUGCUGAGGCAGAAUUAGAGGCUGAAUUUGGAAACUUUGCAGAACUGUAGCAAUAGAAGUGCUUGGACAUGUAAAUAUUCUAGGCACUUGUUGAUGUGACUGAUUCUUACUAUUGGGGAGGUGACUUCAGUAUGAUCCUUUUAUUUAGUAAAUAUAUAAAUUUGUUUAUAUACUGAAAAGGAAAAGUAAAAUGGACCAAAUAUUUCCAUAAAGUUGGGCAUUAGCUCAGUGAGCGGUAUUUGGACAGGCUGCCAUAUGUCAUGGCAUUGCAGAUUACCACAUCCUGGAAAAGUCCUGUAAGAAAAACUGUCCUGCUUUCUCUUCCUUCCUGUGGCUCUGGACAAAACACCUCAUCUCAGUCAUCCGUUGAGGACUUCGUUUGCAACCUUUCUCAAACUGGAGGCUUUCAUUGAUGAAAAAUACCAACCAAGUGUUCUUGGAUGCUGGCCUUAAAUACAUUUGAAAUGUAUUUUAUUUUGUUAAAUGUCUAAAACUUAACUAAUCUUUCCGGCAGAUUCAUUUGUUCCUCCUAAUAAGUACUGCUGCUGUAAUUCUGGUUAGCAUCGAGCUGUCAAAUCACUGGACACAAUGUGAAUUUGUAAUAAUAUGGUACUAACUGGAUGAAUUUUGAGAACUUGUUUUGGAUUUUUAGUGCUGUGAAAUAAAACUGCACACUUUCUUCAUCUCUGUUUUAUGAGCAGUAAUAAUGACACGAUCUUUACUGUCA